CUUCCGGGUCACGGUACAGAUUUGUCAAAUAGCCCGUGCAUGGCAUGGUUGACAGGGUAGCUAACGUUCCAGUCAGGGAUCCAGGGUGGACAUUUUUUAUCAGCCUGUACCAGACGUUAAACCGUCACUUUAAGGAGAAACUCCAUCUUCUCGGACCGUCUACAUAACUGUUCCCUUAUUUCUCGGGAGAAAAUUUUCACAUUUGUCAUUGCUCGGUUAGCUCAACUAGUUAACGUUGCUCUUUGAAAAUGGCGGAUGUACCUACAGAGAAGAGCCUGGACGAUUUCUUUGCCAAGCGGGAUAAAAAGAAGAAGAAAGAGAAAGGAAAGGGAAAGGAGUCCGCCGCCGGGCCCACGUCGAUGGUGGUGAAGAAAACCAAGAGGGAGAAAGAAAAAUCGGCGAAAAACGAGAAUCAAGACACGCAGAUUGAAAAGGAGGACGAGGAAUGGAAAGAGUUUGAGCAGAAAGAAGUGGACUACAGUGGGCUUCGUCUCCAAGCUCUACAGAUAAGUGAUGAGAAAGAGGAAGAAGAAUAUGAGAAGGAGGAGGUUGGCGAGGAUGGAGAGAUCAUUCUGGUCAGCGGAGACAAAGUGUCCGGUCCCUGGAACAAGUCUGGAGCAGCUCCGCCUCCUGCUGCUGCUGCCGCUGCACCCGUUGUGGAGGAGGAAGAGGUGCCUGAAUCGAAGCCUGCUGGGGUAUAUCGCCCUCCAGGGGCUCGGCUGACCACCACCAAACGAGUGCACACCCAGGGGCCUCCUGAGAUCUUCAGUGACACACAGUUCCCAUCUCUACUGGCCACCGCCAAGCACGUGGAGACACGCAAGGACAGAGAAAUGGAGAAGACCUUUGAGGUUGUGAAACACAGGAAUCGUGGCAGAGAGGAGAGCAGUGGAGCUUCUAUGCAGCAGUUGCAGCUUGAUAACCAGUACGCCAUCCUGGGGGAUAAGUAGAGCUGCUCCCCUCCAUCCCCUGGCCCCUUCAGCACCGUCCGGCCCAGCCCCUCGAAGGAAGCUGAACUCCAGCUGUGUUGACUGCAGUCCUGCCGCCAUCUCACACACACAUGCACGCACACACACAUAGACACACACGCACUAUUGCAGCACAUACAGUGACACUCCCUCUGAAUAAAUCAGCUACACACUUUACAUACACUUGGUCGGCAAAACUGAAGGACUGCAGCUGAAGGGGCUGUUGAAAGAGGGAGCAAUUGAAAAGGAAUUAGCAAAAUACACCCAAACGUACAACACUGCAGCAGCAACAAAAGACAACUUAGUUGUCCUUUGUGGAUUGUGCUCAGAGCAGCAGUUGUGUGGCGCAACUUUUCUCUGGACUUCAACUUGCUUCGAUAAAGCCACAGAGGAUCGAAGAUAACUUUAGGCAAGAUGAUUUUACAAACUUCUGUGAAAAUAUCUAUUUUUUUGCAAGAUCGUUAUAACCCAAUCGCACUUGGUAUUUUGGGGUGGUUUUUGAGUUGCGGUUGGGGCUUUCGUGAGUGGGGGAUACUACCUCAGCGAUAUAGCUGGUGGUGACGAUGUGGACUGAGCUUCUUCUUCUUUUUCCUCUCUCUCUCUCUGCUGUGGUGGUGAACGGGGCAAACACCAAUCCUCCCCAUGUACAAGCUGGCCACCAGGCUCUUUAAUUUAGAAACUUGAAGCUUUGUUUUUUCUUUUUUUCUUCAUGUUGAUGACACUCUGCAAAGAUCUAUGGACAAGAAGCGAUAGGUUGUGGUCCUCAUUUAGAAUUUCUAUAUAAAGUGGCCUUACUGAUAGAGAGAAACUGCUGUGUCAUCUGAAGAGAACUGUGCUUGUGUCUCACGGGCUGCUGACUGCCUCUGGAUCUCACCACUCUGUGACAAAAAAACAUUAUACCAACGAAAAAAAAUCCUUUUUGUUCAAGAAUGUAGUGCUGUUGUAGUUUGCCUGAUGAUUACAGCUACUAACUGUCUUUCAUAUCCACUGUUUGAUCUUGCUGCCCUCGCUUUAUUUUGCUCUCUGCAAAAGAGAAAUUAAAGCUAGUUUGUAAUCCAAAACCAAAUGCUUUACUGUGGUUUGACACCAGAUGGUCACAGAUGUUACAUUACCGGGAAACAAAAGACAGGAAACCACUUUAAAAGCAUAUUAGUAGAGGUUGUUUGGCCAUAUUGAGUUCACACCUUUUCGUAAUUUGUUGUAAAGUGGUACAUUUCAACCCCAGUUUUAACACUUCUCUUUUUUUAUUUGUAUUAUUAUUAUUAUUAUCAAGGCUUUUCCUCACAAGUAAAUGUGCUGUGUCAGCCCUCAUUCAGGUGUGUAGAACAGGUUGCUGCUUGUGCAUAACUUAAUUUCCAGACAGUGACAGCAACUACUCGUCUGUAAAAUCAAAUUGACCCCAAACCAACAGAGUACUAUCCACAAAACAGUGGUAUGCCUGGUUAAACUCAAAUGGGUUUUUACUAAGAGCAUAGUUAUGUUUUUAGAAAGGUGAAGAAGAACUGGAAAUGUGUUCUAUGUUUCUGUCCUUUCCAUAAAAGAUGUCGGGGAGCAUUGAUCCCUGCUGGGAAAUUUUGGGUGGACUUGGAUAAUGUUUGUGAUGAAAAGAAAAGAGUCUAACACAGAAAAUAAAGUGAUCCUUGUGAAUGAA